CGUAGCAAUAGACGAUGCGCAAUCUCAGAUUGCGCAUAUAUUUAUCUGUCAAAAAGAUAUAUCGUUUCCGCGAAGCCAACCCUGAGCUAUAAACAUCAUUUGCAUGCGUUGAGUUGUUUUGUUUUGGUUUCCGCCACAAUUGAGCGAGUUAAUUCGUGAGCAGCUUCAUUUUCCAGCCAUGAGUGAUGAUUUAUCAAACAACGAUCAUAAUUACAACCGCCGUCUUCGGCGAAACCGUCGGUGGUGGAUGCGACCAGUUUUCUUCCGCAGAAGACAGGAUGGAAAUCGUCUGUUGGACGACAUCAAGGCCGAAAUGGUAAACGAUACGAUAAAAAAUUUUAUGCGGAUGAAACACGAAGAUUUCGAUCGUCUUUAUGCCUUGGUCGGUCCAGAAAUAAGCCGCAUGGAUACAAAUAUGCGAGAAGCGAUCACGGCCCAAGAAAGGCUUUUAAUAACAUUGCGGUAUUUGGCAACGGGGGAGACAUUUGCAUGUUUGCAAUACUUGUUUCGGGUUUCUAAAUCGUCGAUUGCCAAAAUUGUGAAGGAUGUGUGUGCUUGUUUAAAUAAACAUUUGCGGAGCUAUGUAAAGAUCCCGUCCACAGCAGAAGAAUGGAAGGAGAAAUCAAAAAAGUUUGAACAAAGGUGGAAUUUUCCGCAUGCAAUUGGGUCCAUUGAUGGCAAACACGUACAAGUGGAAAAGCCUAGUAAUAGUGGAUCAGAGUAUUACAACUAUCAACAUUAUUUCAGCAUUGUAUUACUUGCGGUAGUAGAUGCCGAUUACAACUUUUUACAUGCAGAUAUUGGAGGAAAAGGUGGAAUAUCUGACGGAGGUGUGUUUAAAAACACACGCUUGUACCAGAAGCUGGAAAACAACAGUUUGAACGUUCCGGAACCUGAACCACUGCGAGUUCCAUAUGCAAUGCGAGUACCUUACUUUCUUUUAGGCGAUAAAGCGUUUGCUUUUACCAGGUACUGCAUUCGACCAUUUGGAGGCAUGCAUGCGGAAGGGACAAUUGAAAGAGUUUUCAACAAACGUCACUCUCGUGCUCGAAUGAUCGUUGAAAAUGUGUUCGAGAUUUUAGCCAACCGUUUCCGAAUUUUUAAAAGCCCGAUUCUGCUAGAGCCAGAAGAAGCUAAAACGGUUAUUAUGACAACAAUAUAUCUCCAUAAUUUUCUUCGACAGAGUGCUUCACGCAAUACAUACACUCGCCCUUCAUCUUUUGACAGGGUCGUCAAUGGGCGUUUUGUAGAAGGCGAGAGAGCUCCAACUACAAUGAGCGGACUACAAGGCAUACCCUGUCGCACGCCAAACGACUUGUUGCGUGCGAACAAACGGCGUCCACGGGCCUGCCCACGCUCGAAUGCAGAGCCGAUGGCAUACGAUUCUAUCUUCACCAUUACCAUGAGAGAGACAGAGCUUAUACCACGAACGUACCCGAAAGGUGUGCAUGCUUCACUCAUCAGGAUCUAUAGGCAAGGACAAGGCAAAAGAGACACAGAAAAAAAUCCUCACGGCUACACAUGUCCUCUAGACGCGUUGUCUAUGCGUCUCGCUUGGUAUCACAGCGGCAUACGGCAGGUAAGCAGUACAAAUGCUGCUACCUGAUACGCACACAUGUUUAUCGAACACAACUAUUCGGUUCGACUCGGUAAACUUCACGAGGAUGCCGGAACAAAAGGGCGCAGACUUUUUCAUGAUUUUGUAUGACUUCGGCUGUUUUGGACUACGCGUGUAGGCGCUCGCGUUGAAUAUACGUUUACACAUUGCACAUGAUCUUAAGUAUAAUAACCAACUUAAUCAUUAAUGCAAUACAACUCUUUGUAUGUGCCAUUUAUUAAGUUGAUAAUUAGUUAUUAAAUCGUAGAAUGUGCGUAGAUUACAUGCAGUUACACAUUAUAUGUAUAAUAUGCUAACCCACAUCGUCGCUACUACACUUGUACCUAUGCAUUGUCCACCCACCAUUGUUUAGAUGAAAGAAUGGUUCAACGUGAAUCACGCUUGGCAAGUUAUUAAGAUAAAACGAUUUAUUUGCGAUCGUUUUAGAAACACCAAACACAACACAAGUGUUUAGAAACACAAGUGUAUUGUAGGGAACACGCGUAUGAUUAAGGCUCCUGUAUUAAUGCUUGAUGAUUUUUUUUUUCAAAAACGAAUUCCUUUAUGAGAAUAAUGAAACAUGAACUAGCAACAGAAGUACUAAUACAACUAUUUGUUAUACUCAUUCCACGAAAGCUUCGCGUGUUGAGCAAAAUAAAAUACCGUAUGAAAUAAAAUUUUAUAGUAACGCGCUACAGAGCUUAUCAAAUUUGAAAACAUUA